UUUUUUUUAGAUAAAAUGGAGAAGAUGAUAAUAGUUUACUUCUUCAAUGUUAACUUAAUUUUGAUGAGUCAAAGCGCUCCGGUGGUUACAGAGGAACAUAUAAAGUGGAGAGAGAAUACUCUGACACCUGUUUGGCUCCCGGCGGCACCAAUUAGAAAUGAUCAAUAUCCGGUUGAUUAUAAUUUAUUAAUGAAGCAUAAAAAUGAAGAUAAAAAUAAUUGGGAAAUCAGAUCAGUAUACGGAUCAUUACCAGAGAUUAAGUCAGCAUUACCACGACAAAUAGGAAAUAGGCCACCAAAGAAAGAUUCUAUUUUAUCUCGCAGCUGGGGCGCAGGAGGAUUACCUUUUUCUGUUCUUUAUAUGAACUCACGUGGGUCUAGAAUUCAACCCACUGCUGAUACGAAGACAACCACAAGGAAGCCUAUAGAGAACACCUCGACGGUAAAAAAUCGCGCAAAUAGCCGUAAUGGACCAGGACGAAGACAAUAUUCAAUUAUACCGCAAUUGUUAAUAUCCUACGGCUGGAGUCCAUUCGGAAAAUAG